CCUCUACUGGUGACGCCAGCGCCGGCCGUUGUUCUCUCUCUCUACCGCUCUCUCUCUCUGUGUUUCUCUCUCGCUCUGUCUCUGUCUGUCUCUGUCUUAGUCUCUGACAACUGUAAUUGCGUGCCCUUUCACCCAUGAGUUCACUUCGCAGUGAGAGUACUGACAUGGCACGCUCGCUCACCCACGGCCACGCCACACCAUGCAGACAAACAGAACGUAUAUUUGCAGCAUCUUUCACUACGUUAUGGGUCCACUUCGCAGGGAGUGUGCUGCAUGACCUCCUCUUUGCUACUCAUAUGUGGGACACCACGCGAUACACGUAUAGAUUAUUUUCAGUGGAAAACAGAUGA